UGAGGAUUCGGAUUCCCUCACAACAAGAUAAAGCUUUAUUAGCCCCUUCUCUCAGACGCAAUCUCACACACCACCAAACAAACUACAUCAGUGAGCAAAAUAUGUUCAAACAAGAGAGUAACAACAUUUGUAAUAGAGAGAACAACAGAGGGGCACCAGCCUGUGACACAUGCGGGUCAACCAUCUGCACCGUGUACUGCCAUGCUGACUCUGCCUACUUAUGCAAUAGCUGCGAUGCUCAAGUCCACUCUGCCAAUCGCGUUGCUUCCCGCCAUAAACGUGUCCGGGUCUGCGAGUCAUGUGAGCGUGCCCCUGCUGCUUUUAUGUGUGAGGCAGAUGAUGUGUCUCUAUGCACAGCCUGUGAUUUAGAGGUUCACUCCGCAAACCCUCUUGCUAGACGCCAUCAGCGAGUUCCAGUUGUGCCGAUAACUGGAAACUCUUGCAGCUCCUUGGCCACCGCUAACCACACAACAGUGACCGAGCCAGAGAAGAGAGUGGUGUUAGUUCAAGAGGAUGCCAAAGAGACGGCUUCAUGGUUGUUCCCUAAGAACAGUGACAAUCACAACAACAACAACAACCAGAACAAUGAGUUGUUGUUUAGUGAUGACUACCUAGACCUUGCUGAUUACAACUCCAGUAUGGACUACAAGUUCACCAGUCAAUACAAUCAACCUCGACAUAAACAAGACUGCAUCGUACCAGAGAAAAACUACAGUGGAGAUAGAGUUGUUCCGCUCCAACUUGAAGAAACAAGAGGAAACUUGCGGAACAAGCAACAGAAUAUCACAUAUGGCUCCUCAGGAAGCCAAUACAACAACAACGGUUCCAUUAACCAUAACGCAUACAAUCCAUCAAUGGAAACUGACUUUGUGCCGGAGCAGACAGCACCUGACACAACAGUUUCACAUCCAAAAACGCACAAAGGGAAGACAGCACAACUACCUGAACCUCUAAUUCAGAUUCUCAGUCCAAUGGACAGAGAAGCUAGAGUCCUGAGAUACAGAGAGAAGAAGAAGAGAAGAAAGUUUGAGAAGACAAUAAGGUAUGCUUCAAGGAAGGCAUAUGCAGAGAGAAGACCGAGGAUAAAUGGACGGUUUGCAAAGAUGAGUGAAACCGAAGUAGAGGACCAAGAGUACAACACAAUGCUAAUGUACUGCGACACAGGAUAUGGCAUUGUUCCUUCAUUCUAUGGCCAAAAAUAAAGAUUACUAGAUUGCUAAGCUGUAAAUAAAUGUCCAGUUUAAGAUUAUGUAAGGUUUGGUGCAAUUCCUGGUUUCAAGAAUGAUUACUUAUGCUGCUAUGUACAAGGGUGUGUAG